CUUCCUUACACACAUACUCUCUCCUUCUCCCCUCCUCUCUCUCUCUCUUUCUCACACAUGCUCUCCCUCUCUCCCUGGUUCUCUCGUAGUUAGUUGCUUGUAUGCUUCUCUUGGCAUGUGCGUAGUGAGACUCCAGCUGUCUGUGACCUCUCAGUGGUGCGCCGAAGGCAAGGGGGAAGUGAAAAACACCCUCCCUGGACACUCACACACACACACACACACACACACACACACACACGCACAUACUCACACAGCAGGCCAGAGGGACAAACUCCACCAACAUCCACACACUCGGGCGGUGCACACACACACUCACGCACAAAACACACACACACACACAGAGAGAGCUCUCAAAGGAGUUGACUCCUGAGACCAACCAGUCAGCAGAAGAGCGGACCUAGUGCUGAGAACUAAAGAUCUGGGACAGGAGAAGACCAACAGUCAAGGUCUGGGAGUGGACAUCGGGUCAGAGGAGAGAAAGAAAGAGAGAGAGAGAGAGAGAGAGAGGGAAAGGUUCUUUCAGGUGAAGAGGAGAGAGAGAGUGAGUGAGAGAGAGAGAGAGGAAGCUGGUUGAGUAGAGACAGAGAGAGAGAGAGAGAGAGAGUAAGGGAGAGAGAAAAGGUGUAUCGGGUUGAGUGCGGCUACUUUUAGACGCACCCUAUGGAGAUGGAGCGGCUGAAUGGACACGGAGGACUCAAGGCGGACGGCGGGCCGGUGAAGCUCCUGAAAGCAGCGCUGGCGUUGACCGUGUGCGUCUGUCUGUCACUCCUCAUAGCUGUCAUCGUAGUUUCACAGAAGAGCAAGGAGGAGUUCUGCCUGACCUCACAAUGCAUUGAAGCAGCGGGCUCGGUCCUCAGCAAGAUGGACCGGCGCGCUUCUCCCUGCGAUGACUUCUUCCAGUACGCCUGCGGAGGAUGGAUAAAAGACAACCCCAUUCCGGAAGAUUCAUCCAGCUAUGGAAUCUACCCGUGGCUGAGGCAGAAUGUGGACAUCAAGCUAAAAGAGUUGCUGGAGAAGCCUUUGGUUGCGGGGGACAUCGAGGCGGUUCAGAAGGCUAAGGUGCUCUACCAGUCAUGCAUGAAUGAAGGCCUUUUGGAACAGGAAGAUGCCAGCCCCCUACUGAAGGUUCUGAAGCAGCAGGAGUUCCGUUGGCCGGUUCUAGGGGACGCUCUAGGUGCCGACUGGCGAUGGGAGGAACCCCAGUUUGACCUGCUGAAGACGCUGGCCCAGAUCCGCACCCAGCACAGCAAGUCCGUCCUCGUCCGGUUCUACGUCUCCCCAGAUGACAAGAGUUCCAACAAGUACAUCAUUAAGUUUGACCAGGCGUCGCUCACCUUGCCGUCCAGAGAGGAUUACAUUACCAACACCACAGAGGCUACUAGGUAUCGGGAGUCCUUGCUGAGUCUGAUGGUGGACAUUGCUGUCAUGCUUGGUGCCAAACAGCAGGCCGCAGAGACUCAGAUGAAAGCCGUGCUGGACUUUGAGAUUAAGGUUGCCCAGAUUAUGAUCCCCUUUGAGAACCGCACCAGUGAGAACAUGUACAACAGAUACAGCCUGUCGCGUUGGCAACGCACGGUUCAAGAGUUUAGCUGGCUGAAUUUCAUCAAAGCCUCCAUCGACACUAAGCAACACCCAGACCUGGUGAUUUCCUCAUCAGAACCAGUUAUAGUGCGUGCGCCGCAGUACUUCAAAGACCUCUUCAAGCUCAUCAACAGCACCGAGCCGAGGACCAUCGCCAACUACGUCAUGUGGAGAGCUGUUCUCUCCAGGGUCUCCACCCUCAGCAGAAGGUUUCUCUACAGAUACCUGGACUUCGAGAGGGUGAUAUCGGGGACCACUUCACUUACCCCUCGCUGGGACAAGUGUGUGAACUAUGUGGAGAACACUCUCAUAUAUGCCACCGGGCGACUGUUUGUCGACAAGCACUUCCAAGAAGAUAAGAAACAUAUGAUGGAGGAGCUGAUCGACGGGAUUCGCUGGGCCUUCAUCGACAUGCUGGAGAAAGAAAACGAUUGGAUGGAUGCUGUCACCAAAAAGAAAGCCGUAGAAAAGGCCCAUGCAGUCCUUCCCAAGGUGGGCUACCCAGAGUUCAUCCUCAACGACACAUACAUCAACGAGGACAUCAAAGAGCUGUCGUUCUCGGAGAAGGACUACUUUGGGAAUGUGAUGCAGACGCUUCGCUUCAUCGCCCAAUCAGACAUCGGCUGGCUCAGGAAGCCUGUGCCUCGCACAGAAUGGUUCACGAAUCCCACCACAGUCAACGCCUUCUACAGCUCCUUCACCAAUCAGAUCAGGUUCCCGGCGGGGGAGCUGCAGAAGCCCUUCUUCUGGGGCACGGACUACCCACGGUCGCUGAGUUAUGGAGCCAUCGGAGUCAUCGUGGGACAUGAGUUGACCCACGGCUUCGAUAAUAACGGUAGAAAAUAUGACAAAGAUGGUAACCUAGACCUGUGGUGGACCAAUGCCUCCAUCACCCGCUUCACUGAGAAGACCCAGUGCAUGGUGGACCAGUAUAACAGCUAUCGCUGGAAAGAGGCGGGAUUAAAUAUUCGAGGCAAGAGGACUCUUGCAGAGAACAUCGCAGACAACGGUGGGAUCCGUGAGGCCUUCAGGGCAUACAGAAGGUGGAUAGCCAGAGAGAGAUCCGGUGCUGAAGAGCCUCUCCUACCAGGUGUGGAUUUGACCAACAACCAGCUCUUCUUCCUCAGUUAUGCCCAUGUGCGCUGUAAUGCAUACAGACCAGAGGCUGCUAGAGACCAGAUACAGAGUGGAGCUCACAGUCCUCCUGAGUUCAGGGUUGUAGGUGCGAUGAGCAACUUUGAGGAGUUUCGCAAGGCCUACAACUGUCCAGAGACAUCCAUCAUGAACAGGGGAUCCCAGUCGUGUCGAGUGUGGUAACAAGGGAUGCCACCGGGGUUCUAUUCCUCAGCACUCGCUCUCUGGAUAGCACGGGAGGUGUCUUGUUUGUGGUCCAAAAAAAUAAAUAAAAUAAACAAAAACAAAAAAACACAGCUAAUCAAUGAGAAAUAAACAAACUGGAACAGAAUGAUCUAGAUGCUAGAAUGGAAUAGUGGUAUGGCUAUGUAACACUGAGGCCUGCGCAGUCAUAGGCCUGAUGGUGAUACAGUGAGUGUUGUCCAGGAAAGUCAUGAUUCACCUAUGUAUGUUUGCAUACUGUAAGGGAUGUGUCUGCUUUGUCCAGUCUCUUCAGUCCUGCUGAAUCACAGUGAAUGUGAUGAAACACUACUGUUAUGAUUCUAGAAUUAAUGCAAAUAUGAUGGUCUAAAAGUGAUGACUCAUGCACUCAGCACUGUAUUUGAUAAAAAGGAAUCGGAGGCUAGUUUGUUUUCUUUCUGAGCUAUAUCCAUGUUUUCUUGUGUUUGAUUGUCAGCUAUUUUUUAAUGACUGAAGAAAUUAUUUUCACUGUAGAGGAUGUGAUGCAGUAUUGUAUUUGUGUUCUGUGUGUGUGCGUAUGUGUGUGUGUGUGUGUGUGUGUGUGUGUGUGUGUGUGUGUGUGUGUGUGUAUGCCCAUGUCUGUGCAGGUUUGUGCAACUGAGGUCUGAUGAUAGUAUGCUCUCAAGGUGAAAAGUAGAAAAAUCAGCAACACUUUACUUGAAGGUAUCUAAGAGUGACAUGACACUGUCAUGAAGACAUGACACUGUCAUGAAGACAUGACACUGUCAUGAAGACAUGACACGGUCAUGACACAUGAACCCUGACCCUAACUUCAACCGAAACCGAAUGACACAUAAUGAAAGCGUUAUGUCAUAAACGCUUGCGACUUGUUUAUAAUGUUUAUGACACGUUCAUGACAGUGUCAUGCCCCGCUUAUGUUGAUACCUUCACCUAAAGUGUAACUUUGUCUGAGCAUUCUGCUUUUGUUGCUCUGCUUUAUGGUGAUUGCUCCAUGCUUGAUGUUUAUGUUGGCUUUUCAAAUGUAGUAAUCACAUUUUAGAUGUGAUCAUCUACCCCUCAGAAGGGUAGGACUACUCAUUCAGCUGCCUUUGUUUUUAUUCGACAUUCCAUUUGUAGGUUAUGCAGGUUGUUGACAUUUUGCAACUGAAAUAACUGAAAUAGUUUGUCUUCAACAUUUUCUUAUGCUCACCAUAAUGUUACAACUAGAACUGAACAAAUAAUCAGAAAUGAGGAUUGUUAAUAUGUGUUAAUGUCCAGCUUCUCCACACAACCAAUAGGGACUCUAUUUCCCAUUAAAUUAUAAUUAUUCAAUUUCUUUUUUGAUUUAGUUUUGCUUUUAUGAGCAAUUAACUAUUCCCAGUUGAUAAAUCUAAAGAACAUCCGCUUCUAGUAUCACUCUGUGCUGCAUUGCACAGAACAAACUCACUGUUGACUAGGUUUGACUACCUCAUUCAUCUGAAUUAGUAGAAAUGUCAUUUCUUUUUUCCAUUUGUGGCUAACUUACCCAAUAAAAUCAUAGCAAGUUUUGAAG